AAGUCCCAGAGACGCAAUCAGAAGUACGUUAUAAGAAGAGUUGAGUCUAUGUUGUAACUUGCCCGGUCUGUGUUUAACUUGGGCGGUCUGAACUUACUUCAGAAUGAUUGACAGUUACUUCCUUUUAGUCCAAGUUAGCAGGUUGGAAAGUCCCAGAGACGCAAUCAGAAGUACGUUAUAGGUAGAGCGGAGUCUGUGUUGUAACUUGCGCGGUUUCAUGCUCGGGGCGGCUGUGAGUUUGGACGUACAUGAAGAAAAGGCCAUUCAAAAUGGACAAGCCUCUGUACGUUCCGUUGCUACUACUUCUUGGGAUGGUCUACUUCGCUUCGGCCCAACUCCGUGGGCCUGAAGGCGCUGUGUGCACACGUCAGGCGUCCCGACAGGUCAUGUACACUGUAGAGAACAGGAGGAGACGGCAACCGUCAUCAGGGAUCUGGGACUAUCUCAGGAUGUGGGACGUCUUCGGAGUUACAAAGGCCAGAAACCCCCGAAGUUUGGUGACUGUCUACGCCACGGAGUACUUCACCGACUACGAGUGCUGUGUCGGCUGGAACAGGAUCGGAGACACCUGUCAGGCCGACUGUUACUACCCAUGUGAACACGGACUGUGUGUGGAUACGAACCUCUGUGAAUGUGAUGAAGGUUGGGAAGGCCUGCAGUGCGAAUACGAUGUGGACGAGUGCUGGUAUGAGACAGACGAGUGUGACCGUGAGAACGGCGCCUGCAUCAACACAGAAGGGUCUUACAACUGUACCUGUAACGACGGGCUACAUCUUAUUAACGGGACGGUCUGCCACGAAAUCCCAGACACCGACGAGUGUGCUAGAGGUGUGAGCGGCUGUGAACAGAACUGCCACAACACGCACGGGUCGUACUACUGCACCUGUGAUGCAGGGUACACCUUAUCUGCCGACGGCCAUACCUGCACAGGUAACCAUUUUUUUUCUAAUUCUGUCACCUGCAAUGAUAUUAAUGAAUGCGCCACAAACAAUGGUGGUUGUGAGCACUUCUGCCGCAACGUGGCUGGCGGCCGAGAGUGCAGCUGCCGCCGUAACUACCGUCUGGUGGACGGGCGGAUAUGCCGAGAUGACGACAUGUAUCCGUACGGAGAGGAGGCUGGCGAGACGCCCCGUCGGUGGGACUUCUCAACCUGCACCGGAGAGUCUCUGCCGCGAGAAGGCUUCCGUUUCUUUGGACGGCGUCACCACCAGAUACACAUCUGCGAUAACGGCAUCGUCGGCUUCGAUCAUAUCAAACGCCCCCGGAACCCCGCCCUGAUACAGAACACCUUCGGCUUCCGCAGGGCCGCGGUUCUGGCACCCUUCCUGGCCAAGUCUAACGCUACUCUUCUAGACAAUCUUCCUGAAGAUGAGAGGACGAAGAUUUACUACAGCUUCUACGAGAGAGGCGACGGGAAACCGGCCACAGACGAGGUGCUGCGGAGGGCAAGGAAUGACGGGAGAUCGACACCUGGGUACUUCUCUCCAACCUAUGAACCGGUGUGGGCGCUAGUGGUGACGUGGACCAGGGUGCCCCCGGACUGCAGCAUGUAUGGCGGCGGGGUGUGCCCGCGAUCACACGACCAGCUCCCGGUGAACGAUUUCCAACUGGCCAUAUCUACCAGCGGGACCCACUCCUACGCUACGUUUGUAUAUCCCGCAAUGAAACAACAGUGGGUAAGCACCGACGAAGCAAGGGAAGGAGGAACGCGUAAGUGUCCGAAGUCUGACGGCUCUGUCGCUGUGGGAGGUUACAGUGCCGGAGACGGGACAGGCCGCUACCCCUACACCCCCGCCACCAACUCCAGCCUCGUGUACAGGAGCAGAAACAGGGAAGCUGACUUCUCCGGACAGGACUGCACCAGGCAGAGAUUUCCUCCCGCGAGGGAAGUGUCCAUGAGGUAUCUGUGGCAGGUGUACGGAGGAAACUGGAAGUUCGCCCUCCAGCCGCAGGAGAACACAGCUGUACCGGAGUCGGCGGUGGUGGAGUGUUCACGGUGGAUGAGACAACAGAUAGUGGAGGAUCCUACUCAGCUGCUCGGCUACAGUGCCUUACCUCCCGUCUCCUCCUGUCCUUGUUCCGCAGAACAGGCAUUCCAUGAUCCAACGUACACCGUGUAUAGCUCUCAGUUCGGCCAGUCCAGGUUCUGCGGCAGGAGCAGGCGGCGUGUCCACACGCUUGUCGGCGCGGAGAAACUCAUCAUGUCCCGGACCUGCUGCUACUCCAGAGCGUACUGGUGGACGGAAUCAAACUCCGGGCGAAAUUGGAGGAGGUGGAGGAGCAGGAUUGGUGGUGGAUCUCUUCUGACCGGUCACGCAGGGGGGCAUCUUGUUAUUAAUAACCAGGCUGCUGACGAGGCGGCCUACCAGAGCUGUUGUGUCGGUGCCUCCGGUCUGAGAGGCGGCUGGUAUUGUCAGAGGUUCCAAACUCUGCGACCGCUGACUACUCCGUCGUCUGCUACCGGGUGUAGACAUUAUCCGGUAAACAUCGGUUGGACGUGGUUUUGGUGGGAUCCCCACUUCAACACCCUGGACGGGAAAAGUUACACCUUCAACGGUCUGGGAGAAUACAUCAUCGUUGAUGUCGACAACGGGGAGUACCAGGUUCAAGGCCGGACAUCUCUUGCUCCAGGAAGCAGCCAUGCAACUGUCAUCUCUGCAGUUGUCAUUUACGAGAGAGGAAAACUCCCCAUACAGACAAACUUAGUCGGCAACUCCAGUCUGGAUCUCUACGUAAACGGCAGCAUGACGGACACCUCGGUGUUUGAACACACUGAAGAGAUAGAGGUCGGAGACAACGCCGUUAUCCUCAAACCUUCCAACGACUCCAUUCUCGUCGUCUUCCUCAGUGGGGUGACCGUCAAAAUCUCCGCCAAGAAAGGCAUGCUGGCCGUGGAGUUCUCGGCCCCUCCUGAGUUCCUCGGGAAGGUGCGAGGUCUGCUUGGCCGGUGGGACGGAGACUCGGCUAACGACUUCGAGGCGUUCGACGGAACCGUGUUCUCGGCUGAUUCCACGGAACGAGAGCUGUAUGAUUUUGGAAAUUCGUGGCGGGUCACGACAGAAGAUGGACCCAAGAAGUCCAUGUUUCUCUACAAGGAUGGAGAAGACGUGGACACUUUUACUUCCGCCGACUACCAGCCCGAGUACACUGACGAAAUCGUCUUCAGUGACCCGGAGUUGGAGACCAGAGCGCGCGAGAUCUGUGGCAAUGACACGGAGUGCCUGUUCGAUGUGAGCCAGACGGGAGACCUGGAGGUGGCGGUCAUCACUGUGGAGGGGAAGGAGGAGUUCGCAAGUCAGACGUCUGCUCGUGACCGCUUCCCUCCGACAGUAAGCGGGCCGGACGCAUUGUACGCCACUGUCAAUGACACCGUGACAAUCCGCAUCAACGCUUCGGAUCCGAACAACGGGCCACUGGUGUUCGCGCUCGGGGAAGACGUGCCGAACUCUGUACGUCUGACGGCUGAGGGGGACGUGGCAACAAUUACCUGGCAGGUCAGCUCUGACGCGCCGUUUGACCUGAGAGUUGACGUGUUCGGUUCGGAGAACACGACAGCCCAGUACCGGCCCGUGGUGUACAUGUGUUCCUGUCUGCACGGGGGGAACUGUGGCAACAGCCGGGACCCCGACCCUGCAUCCGCGGGGGGAGAGACAAAGUUUGUACAGAGAACCUGUACCUGUGCACCUGGCUACACCGGGGACCGGUGUGAGGAGGACGUUGACGCCUGCCUGCUGAACUUCUCCCCAUGCUUCCCCGGCGUGACGUGUGUGGACCUCCCCGCGCCAGCCGGGGACGGACGGGACGGCUUCACCUGCGGGGACUGUCCGGAGGGAUAUACGGGAGACGGAUUCGACUGUCAAGAUCUUGACGAGUGCGCCACGCCAGAAGGGGCCGUGUGCGCCCACACCUGUGAGAACUACCCCGGAACAUUCAUCUGCUCCUGUGAUGACGGGUUCGAACUCGCAACGGACAGAGUCUCAUGCCAAGACAUAGACGAGUGUGCCCUGCAGCUGAACAACUGUAGUCAGCAGUGUGUGAACACAGACGGGUCCUUCAACUGCGCGUGUCAGGACGGGUUUACCCUGGCGUCUGACGGGUUGGACUGUGAACCUGAGAAUCCAUGCAGUGACGGAAACGACCCGGGUUGUGAUUCAGAGUUCGGCUGGUGCAUCAUUAACGACCUCGGGACUGCAGAGUGCGUCUGUAGGGCUGGGUAUGUGCUGUCUGUGGACGACAGGACAUGUGAAGACUAUGACGAGUGUUCAGCCGGUGAUCACCACUGUUCUCAGUUGUGUAAUAACACCGCUGGAGGGUACAGCUGCUACUGUGGGGAGGGGUACUACACUGAUGAGGACAAUGACCACCUGUGCUUAGACAUUGAUGAGUGCUAUGAGGGGACAGACAACUGUGCAGACCUGGAGGUGUGUGAGAACGAUCCCGGCUCCUUCCACUGCAGCUGUAAGGAGGACGCUGUGUUGGUGGGAGACACAUGCGUGGCUGUGACUACAACGCAAGUGAUGACGACAAAGGCAACAACACAGACGACCAGUCUCAGUACAACCAAGGAGCCCACAACUACAACAACAGCCACUACUACUCCACCGUCAACUACCACCAUCACUUCCACUUUAGCUCCAACCACUACUGAAACAACAGCACCAAUGUCUUCCCCACAAAGCACCAUGGCUAGUACACUUUCUACUACCACUAAGCCUCCAACAACCAUGAUGACGACAAAGGCAACAACACAGACGCCUAGUCUCAGUACAACCAAGAAGCCUACAACUACAACUACAACAACAGCCACUACUACUCUGCCUUCAACCACCACCAUCACUUCCACUGUAGCACCAACCACUACUGAAACCACAACAUCAAUGUCUUCGCCCCAAAGCACCAUGGCUAGUACACUUUCUACUACCACUAAGCCCCCAACAACCACAGUGACUACUACCUUAGCCUCCCCCACUACUGUAACCGCUACAUCAGAGUUAUCCCCUCAAAACACCAUGGCGUCUACCCUACAGUCUCGAACCUCUAGUACAACAGCUUCCACAACCACUAAAACUUCAACCACUUUCACCACCACUCAGGCUGUAACUACCUCCACUGAACCAACCAGUACACCAACCUCUUCCCCCACUGCAACCACUAGCACCAUGGUUCGCACAACCACUAUGCAUACCCCUUCUCCCCGUGAAACCAUCCAAACUACUGAUGCACAGCUUUUAACGUCCUCUACUACUAAACCAGAAACUACUGCUACAUCUACGCCUUUCCCCUUGACAAGUACACCCACAACUCCAGUGGUUCAAACAAGCACAACACUGACCUCUCCCCGCCACGCCAUCAGAACCACUGAUGCACCACUUUUUACAACCUCUGAUAAAACUCACACCACCAGCACUGCUACAAGUGUCUCUCCAUCCACCUCUGCAUCUCCAAGCACAGUCACAACUUCUUCACCUCCAACAACCAAAACCACUGCUGCUCAAGAUCCAACCACUACAACUACUGCAGCUGUUACCCCGUCUACUUCUACAUCCCCUACCACUAUUGAAAUUUCUCCACCUCAUACCACUUCUACUACAACUCCAGUCAUUGCUACCGAGCAUGUAAAAUCUACUACAGCAACUACCAGUUCUCAGUCUGAAACUACAAGUAGUACUACUACCAAACCUCACACAACUAUUACCACCGAACGUCCCAAUGCAUCAACCAGGAGUACAACCGCAGCGUUACCGCUGACAGAGGAUCCGACAGCUUUGAGGCCGCAUGAACAGAACACUGUGGUUCUGACCAUUGUGAUGACAGUAGAUGAGGUAAAUUUCUUUGCCUUUCUUGGCUCUUUCUCUUGA